CUUUUCUUCCUUUUCCAUGAGACAAAAAGCAAACCCAAUCUUUUCUUCAUUCAAUCUUUCUUUCUCUCUCUAAGAUCAGGGCAAGGAAGGAAGAAGAUUGGCAUUUCUGGAGAUUGAUUGAUUAUAGUGCAAAUGUGGAUUAAAGUUGUAUUUGGGGAAACAUAAAUGACCCACAGGACGACAGCGCUGGGCCAUCGAAUUGAAUUGGACAGGUUUGAAUUGCAUUUGCACACCAACUGUUCGACGAAAUGCCCCAACAGCUCUGCCAAAAGGGCAAUGAACCACUACUCUGUCUCCCUCCUCCUCCUCGCAUUUCAUUAACCCCACAGCACUGUUUUCCUUCCAAAAUUAUUCUCCAUGGACAAACUUCAGCAGGUGCCGAUGCCCAAAGGCGCUCGUCAACGCUGCAGCGAAUGGGUAUUUCGAGAUGUUCCGAGCGAUAUAACGAUCGAAGUCGAUGGAGCUACAUUCUCACUGCAUAAGUUCCCUCUUGUCUCUCGAAGUGGGAGGCUACGGAAGUUGGUUGCAGAACACCGGGACUCAGAUAUAUCGAGGGUUGAGCUACUUAGCCUACCGGGAGGGGUUGAGUCGUUUGAGCUCGCUGCACAGUUCUGCUACGGUAUCAAUUUCGAGAUCACGGGUGCUAAUGUUGCUCAGCUGUGCUGUGUUUCCGAUUAUCUAGAAAUGACGGAAGAAUACUCGAAGAAUAAUCUUGCUUCCCGAGCCGAAGAGUAUCUCGAGAGCGUCGUGUGUAAGAACCUGGAAAUGUGCGUCGGGGUCCUCCAACGCUGUGAAAACCUGCUUCCCGUUGCGGACGAGUUAAAUGUCGUCACACGGUGCAUUGAUUCGAUUGCCUCGAAAGCUUGCGUCGAGCAGAUCGCGUCGAGUUUCUCUCGGUUGGAAUAUAGCAGCUCGGGGAGACUUCACAUGAGCAAACAACCGAAAUGCGAAGGCGAUUGGUGGAUCGAAGAUCUUUCGGUACUCCGCAUUGACUUAUACGAGCGAGUCAUAACGGCGAUAAAAUGCCGAGGGGUCAGACCCGAAAGUAUCGGGGCAUCGCUCGUGAACUAUGCCGAGAAGGAGCUAAUCAAGAAAUCCAACUUACGGAGUCAAUCGACCCAGGUCUCAAUUGAUCCAUUAGCGGGUGCGAUUGGCCAUGAAAGGCUCGUUGUCGAGACAAUUAUCAGUCUCCUUCCCGUCGAGAAAUGCGCUGUUCCCUUAACCUUUCUUUUUGGUAUGCUAAGGAGCGCCGUGAUCCUCAACUGCUCGGUUGCCUGUAGGUUCGAUCUCGAGAGGAGAAUCGGAUUGCAGCUGGAUAUAGCCACUCUCGACGAUCUUUUGAUCCCUUCAUUUCGCCACGCCGGAGAUACGUUGUUCGAUGUUGAAACUGUUCUCAGGAUCCUGGUGAACUUCUCUCAGCACGACGACAGCGAUGAUAAUCUGAACGACGAGUCGUUCUUUGAAUCCGACGGUCCUCCUUCACCCUCCCAAACUUCCUUGUUCAAGGUCUCGAAACUUAUCGACAAUUAUAUGGCGGAGAUUGCCCCCGACGCAAACCUCAAACUCAACACAUUCAUCGCCAUUGCCGAGGCUCUACCAGAACACGCUCGAACUCUCCACGACGGCUUAUAUCGAGCAAUCGAUGUAUACCUGAAAGCUCAUCAAAGUUUACCAGAUCCUGACAGGAGAAAGCUCUGCAAAUUGAUCGACUUUCAGAAACUGUCGCAAGAAGCCGGCGCUCAUGCUGCGCAAAACGAGCGCCUUCCUCUCCAAUCGAUCGUUCAAGUUCUCUAUUACGAGCAGAUGAGGCUUAGGAAUUCCUUGAUUUCGUCCCAUCCAGACGACGAUGCGAAGCCUAUGCACCAGUCGUGGAGGAUCAACAGUGCAGCUCAAAGCGCCGCGAUGUCUCCCCGGGAUAACUAUGCUUCUUUGAGGAGAGAAAAUCGCGACUUGAAGAUGGAGCUGGCGAGGAUGCGGAUGAGACUAAACGAUUUGGAGAAAGAUCACGUCCACAUGAAGAGGAAUCUAGAUCGUUCGACAUCUCGGAAAUUCAUGAGUUCAUUUUCGAAGAAGGUGGUUAAACUGAAUGUCUUCGCUGCCCGUAGCUCUUCGAGGGGUUCGACAUCCCCCUCAAAGCAGUCGCAAGGAUCAGAGUCUAAGCUUACGGAGAGAACAUGAAGAGCAAGCGACGUAUAUAGAUUUAUUAAUACUAUAAGAAUGUUAUCGCAGAUGUUUUCGAACACCCGUUUUUCUUAUUCUUUCUUUGUCUUGUGAGUAUUAUGUACAUUAUCUGUCGUGAUUCGAUUUGCGAUUAGAAGGUAGAUUAAGGAAAUGAAAAGAAGAAAACGAUCGGUCUAGACCGUUAUUAGCAUU